AUGGAACGUGAACUAAAGCACAAGUUCUUACCCCCUAAUCAUGAUCAAAUUUUAUUCAACAUGUUUCAAAAUUGCAUGCAAGGAGAUCGAUCGGUGGAGGUUUACACCACCGAAUUCCAUCGAUUAGCCGCUCGGAAUGACCUCACAGAAACCGAAUCACAACAGGUCUCGCGCUAUACUAACGGAUUACGCCCUUCGAUUCAAGACAGAAUAUCCCUAGUACCUGUAUAUACAUUGGAUGAUGCGUAUAAUCUAGCUAUCAGGGCAGAAACACAAUUGGCGAAGAGUAGUAAAACCUUUUCAUUCCCUGCUAAUCGGAAUAAAUUCACCAGUGGGUCAACAUCACAACCAACAGAAAACAGCCAAGUGGUUACAAGAACACCAGCACCCGACAAGGGUAAAGGCGUCACCGCAAACGCUACUACCACCCUGAAAUCCACCAACCCUUACGCUCGACCCAUACCAGGGAAGUGUUUUAAAUGUGGUAUCUCGGGUCAUCGAUCUAGCGAUUGCAGAGGAACAACAGCUAAAGUUAACCUUACCACAAGAGAAGAAGGAGAAGUUGAUGAUGAAGUUGUUAGUGAGGAGGGUGACAACGAAGAAGUUGAGAUUUGUUUUGCAGCUGACGAGAAUUUUUGUGAGGAUGACACUGCUAAAUCAUGUGUCAUCCGCCGCAUUAUGCUUGCGCCUAAAGUAACUGAAGAACCCUCGCAACGUCAUAACCUGUUUUGGACUCGUUGUGUAGUACAUCAGAAGAUAUUUGACGUUAUUAUUGAUGGUGGGAGUACAGAAAAUAUUGUUUCUCAAACAAUUGUGCAACAAUUCAAACUACCUACCAGAAGGCAUCCGCACCCAUACAAAAUAGGAUUGAUCAAAUCAAUUGGGGAGAUCCGCGUCACUGAUCAAUGUAAAAUCCCUUUUUCUAUUGGAAAAUAUAAAGAUGAAUUGUGGUUUGAUGUUGUGGACAUGGAUGCAUGUCAUAUUCUGCUUGGGCGACCUUGGGAAUUUGAUAAGGAUGCGAUACACAAGGGCAAGGAAAACACAUACUCCUUUAAGGUUAAUGGGGUGAAGAUGAUUUUAGUCCCUUUGAUAGAAUCUAGUAAACCCACGACCCCUCAUCACAAUGUGAAGAAAAAUAGCCUGGUGGUGUUGUCUCAUCGAGAUUUUGAAGAAGAGAUAAAGGGGGAAUCUGUCAUUUAUGUUAUUGUUGCUACAGGUUCUAUCCAGGAGGGGGGCGAAAAUAACAUUCCUGCCAAAUUAACACCUUUCCUAUCGAAGUUUAAGUCCCUUAUUCCCAGUGAAUUACCAGCAACACUUCCACCAAUGCGCGAUAUUCAACACCAAAUUGAUUUCAUUCCGGGAUCUAAGUUACCCAACCUAGCACACUAUCGCAUGAGCCCAAAAGAGAACCAAAUACUACAAGAAUAG